CCAGUCACCCCUGAGCAGUGAGGACCAGGGGUCAGGACGCGGGCUGUUCUACAGCUGGUUGGGUUGGAGCUCAGGUUGGAGAAGGUCUGACAGGGGAGGCGAGUGUAGACCACCGUUCCUUAAGCUCUGAUGGCAGCGCCCGGCGUCUGUUUUGCAGGAUACGGUAAAAAUCACAUAACUGGGAAACAAAAUUUCAGAGAGCGUUUGAGUCGAAGUCUGCUUUGUGUUCGAUCCAGCAGAGCCUGGACGGCCCCUCUGUGUCACACUGGUCUCGCGGCAUAAGGCGCAUCGUGGGCCGUGGCCUCAGCAGCAUGGUCUGCAGCCCCCCCACCCCACCCCAAGGUCCUGUGAAGGGGCAGGGAGGCUGGGACCUGGCUUUGAGGCUCAGAAGCGAAAAGGAAGGAAACGUGAGGCCUUUAGAUGCUGGUGGAGAGCACGAGGCAACAGAGAGGAACGGAGAAGCUGGGAGUGGCUGGAAAUUCCCAGAAGGGCGUUAGGGGUUAGGGGCCCAGGGCUGCCUCAGGGGACGGGCAGCUCCCCGCUGUGAGGACUGGACGGAACCCAGAGGCCCAUGCCUGGGUGGCCCUUAGUUCUCCAUCAGGUGGGGGCCUUGGUGUUUCAGCACCCGGCUCUGCAGCCUCAUCUGGAUCACCCUGCUUCUCCCCAGGGCCAUUGCAGCAGCGCUAGGGUGGGUGCAGAGGCAGAAGCAUGAGAUGAGAGGAGGGGGCCGUCACGGGCAGCACAAACCUGAUGGGGGCUGAACCGGGCAGAUGCGGUAGCAAAAACCCCGGAAGGCUUCCUGGAGGAGCUGAGCCCUGUGUCCCACGGAGGUGGCCACGCCCACCUGCGUUGCUCCAUGGCCCCGGUUGUGCCCUUGAACUCCCAGAGUGUCCUUUAGAGCAGACUUGAGUGAGUGGUCACCCCACAUCCACGUCCAGACCCCAGACUCCAUUCUUUGAGAGGAAAGAGGACAGGAUUCAGAGUGGACAGCAGGCCUCCGUCUUUGGGGGCAAAAGCUUUUAGGUGUUUUAAUACUUGGAAAAGUGAGUAUGCAUAUUUAGAAACCUGUGUGUGCCCUUUAUGCAGCUGAGUGGCCUCCAGCAGUUCGGCUAAGCUCUGCGAGCUGUGGGUAGAGGAGCAGCAGAGGUGUGAGUGAGGGUCCAGCCCUGCCUGGCCUCCUGCACCACCCUUUAUCUGUGUCACCUGCUCUCUGGAGUCUGCUAGACCUGCCCCCCGUGGUGGGCCGAGCAGGCUUGCAGUGACUUGCAAGAGUCAUGUUAAAUUUUCAGAAAUUGUGUGAGCUAACUGCUAUAUACAGCCGUUAAUAAAAAGUAAAAACACACAAACUGACUUAAGAAGAAAUAGAAAGUCUGAGUAGACCCAUGACAAGUCAAGACAGUGAGUUAAUAAUCUAAUAACAUCCUAGCAAGAAAAGCCUGGGACCAGAUGGUUCCACUGGUGAAUUCUACCAAAUUUAGAGAAGAAUUAAUGUCAAUUCUUCUCAAACUCUUCCAAACAAAACACUUCUUGACUCACUCCACGAGGCUGGGUUUACCCCAAUAGCAAAAGUAUCAGGAAAAGGCAUUACAAGGAAACUACAGACCUUAUAGAUACAGAUGCAGAACUCCUCCACAAAACACUAACACACUGAGUCCAGGAGAGUGUGGAAAGGAUUGUACGUCACGACCAAGGAGGAUUUAUCUCAAGGGUGCAAGACUGGAUCAACAUAAGAAAAUCAGUAGCUGUGAUAUAUGGUAUUAAUAGAAUAAAGGUCAAAAGUCACAUGAUCCUGCCAAUAGUUGCAGAAGAAGCAUUUAACAAAAUCCAACAUCCUUCCAAGAUAAAAACACUCAGCAAACUAGAAACAAAAGGGAACGUUUCAACGUGACAAAGGGCAUCUACGAAAAGCCACCGGGCAGCAUCGUACUCAGUGGGAAGACUGGACGCUUUUGCCCUAAGAUCAGGAACAAGACGAGGAUGUCUCCUCUGGCCACUCUGUUCAGCAUUGUCCUGGCAGCAUGGCCAGGGCAGCUGGGAGAGACAUAAACAGGAGUCAUCCUGAUGGGAAAGGAAGAAGUAAAGCUAUCUAUUCACAGAUGAUGUGAUCUUCUGCAGAGAAAAUCUGAAGGAAUCCACGUACACACUUAAAAGGAAUAAAGGAGUUUGGCAAGGUUGCAGGAUACAAGGUCAGUACACAAAACUCAAUGGAAUUUCUCCACAAUGGUAGGGAACAAUCUGAAAAUGAUCUCAAGAAAAUAAUUCCACUUGCAGUAGCUUCAGAAAGAAUGAAAUACUCAAAAAUAAAUUCAGCAGAUGUGCCAGGCUCGUGCACUGAAAGCUAUAAAACAAAAAGCUAAUAACGUCGCCGCCCUCAUCUUACACAUUUUAAUCAGCAUUUGAGGAUUGUCAGCGUGUAGAGAAGAAAUAUCUGUGCAACAUCUUGGAGGAGAGUCUCUCCAGGAACCAGGAGCUGAUGUGCCCCAGCGUGUGGUGGGAACCCUCGUGCUCUGAUGGCAGCCGUUAGCAGGGACACUUGUGACAUUAUUCAGAGAAGGUGCAGGGGGCUCUGCGCUGAUCAGCAGACAGGUCUGCAGGCCGCCUGCCUCCCGUCCCGCUCCUGUAGCUCAGGGACAUCGCAGACACUCGUCGUGGCGGGGGCGUGCGUGAGACCCUGUUACACAGGGCUCUGCCCAGGGUCCCCUGCGAGUCCCCAGGCCCUGUCCGGGCCGAUGCAGGCAGGUCCCCCUCCCUGAGAUUGUUGAUCCUCUGUCUCCUUCAGGAAGGAGGGCAGAGGGGGCGCUCAGCUCCGGAGCCCCCGACCCUGGGCGGAGUUUAAAUUUGGACUUUUUCAGGACCCCCCAAGCAAAGCUGCAGUUGACGUGGGCGCGUCAGAGCUUUGCGAACAGUUCCUAAAGGCCAGCGUGUGCAGGUUUACAUGGUCACCAGGGCCUUGCUGAAGGCUUUAAAUGAAUCACUGCUUUUAUUUCCACAGACGCCCAUUGAGGGAAGCACUCUUAUCUGCCCCCCUUUAAAGACUGGAGACUGGGCCACAAGGGGCGUGGAGCUUGCCCCAAGUGGUCAGCUGCAGCCUGGAGGCCCCUGGGUUUCAGUGCCCCCCAGGAAGCCACAGUGCCCUCUGGGAAACACCCGGCAGCGCUGAGAGGCCCAGACCUGGGUGCAGAAUGAGAGCAGCCCAGGCUGUUGGCCUCAGCGAGGACCCCGGGGAAACGGGACAAAAGGUCCUGACUGUGUCCUGAGAUGUGUGGGGGAGUGGAGGAAGCACGAGACCCCAGGAGAGGAAACUGUGGACUCAGGCCGCGGCUACCUGGGAAGACUUCCUGCAAGAGGUGACACCAGCGCUCAUCACUGGGCCACGGCUGCCCGGAGCAGGUGGGCGUCAGCGGGCAGCAAACCAGGGUGCUUGCUGGCUGCUAGGCAGUGGGUACCGUCACGGGCAGAGUCUCUGAGAGCCGUGCCGAGGACACAGUGCCCGUCAGAACCUGUGGUUGAGUCCCCCUUCCUUCCUGGAGGAGGGAGGCAGCGGCCCCUCUCUCUCGUCCACAGCUUGCUCACGUUCACACGUGCCAGCACAGCGUCACACUGGUGCUCAGCCUGGUGGCAGGGCCGUCCUUGGCCCCAGUCCAUUGCCCGGCUCUGGGCCUGCAGAGGGAGAUACCUCAGCUGCCGUGGUCUAGCGCCGGGGGGCCCUGCCUGGGGGUUGACCUUGUGGAGGGAGAGAGUGGGUGCAGCCCGCCUGCCACGCUGGUCACGUCCACUCCCGAGGGUGGAGGUCACAGGAGCUGGACACCACGGGUCCUGUCGCUCCCAGCGAGUCCAGCCCCUUUUCAGGGAGUCCAGCUUCUGUAGAGCAGACAGACCCUGACACCGUUAGUUUCAGGGCAGGCCCAGGAAGUGGGGUGUGGUAGGGACCCCUCUGGGAGGAGGGAGGGGCCCGGCAUCCUUUACUAGCCUCUCCUUCCCGCCGAAAUUGCCGGCCUCGUUAGGCGAGGCCCCCGCGGCUUUCCUCUGCGCUCCGGAGUGGCUACGCCCACCCGGGGCUGGGAAGGCAUCCCUCCCGGGCCUCCUGGCGAGGAGUGGCUUCCCUGGGGGCUGAGCGCGGGCCCUGGGGCUCUGCACCGCCCAAGGAGGCCCUUCUUUGAGGGAAGCUCAUGCUCUUUCAUGUGAUUUGAAAUUUCAAACUCAGUUAGGUAGCGUGGUAAAAACCAAAUCAAAACCAGGGAAAUUGUCGACAAAACAAUUGCAUUUUAAUCCAGGGAGCCGGCCUGCCCCCAUGUUCUGCUGGCUCCGGGCAUGGACGCAGGGGCAGCUCUGGUCGCUUUCAGGACCCGCGUGGAGGGAGCGCCUGCGCAGCCUUCCAGGUAGGGCUUGGGGAGGCGGGAGGGGCCGGGUCCUUUGACCAGCUCCUCAGGCCAUGGUGGGGGGCAGGGGCUGAUCCCCACCUCCUGGGAGCACGGGUGGUGUCUGACGGCCUUUUGGAAGAUCUCUGCCCUGCUCUCUGGACAGGAAAGUCAGGGCACUGGGUGCUGGCAGAGGUCAGGCUGGUGAUGGAAGCGGCAGUGACGGUGGACGGGCGAGUCAGGAGGCCGGGUGGUGGCACUCACCGUGGGGUUGUGGAGAAACUGGAGGGAGAAGCCCUGAGCCCGGCCCUGGGCACGGCCUGAGCACAGUGCAGAGAGGUGUCUGUGCCGACCGAGGGGGCCCUGGGCGUGGCCUGAGCUCUGUCCCCCGGCAGGUGUGGCUCACCUGUGGGCCAGGGAGCAGGUGCCCGACAGGGGCCUGGAGGCAGGUCCAGGGGCUCCCCUGGGUGGUGUGAAGGGGAGUGAGGUCAGCAGGGAGGAAGCUCAGGACAGGCAUACGGCUGCUGGCCAGGCGGCCGGGCUCCAGGCCGCGACUGCCGCUCAGAGCCCAGGCUGGGGGAGGGACGGCAGCGUCUGGCAGGGCAGCGAUGUCAGCGUCCCCUUCCUUGCUCUCCAGGGCUGUAGUUGGGGUGGGGGGAAGGAAGGAGGCCCCCGCAGCAGGGAGCUGCAGAGGUGAAUGAAAGUGUUCCUUUAAUUGUUCAGAUGCCUGGCAGGAUCUGCAGAGCCUGCCUGCCUGAUGGGCGAGACGCAGCCGCGUUUGCCGCCGGAGCCCGGGGCCUGGCGGUCGCAGGAGCCCUGGGAGGGGCGUGGGCCUUCGGGUCAGUGCGACCCCGUGAGGGUGGUUCCCUGCACCAGCCGGAGGGCCCUCCUCACUGUGCCGUAGCUGCUUCUGGUGUAGCUUUACUGUCCUCGUUUUAAGUGUCCUCGGCUGGUAGUCGAGCAGCUGAUCUAACGCAGGUUUUACCGGUAACUGGGGAAGGUAUGGUGUUCACGUCCUGGGUCCACAGCUUCGGGAGCAGGGUGCCGCCCGUGAAUGGCAGAGUCGGGGCCCCCAUACGGGGGUUAAGUACCCGAGUCCUUGCAGGUCCAGUGCCCAGCUGCCCACAUGACCUUGGCCGUCACCUCCACCCUGAGCACCAAGGGUCCCUCCAGGGUGGACGUAAGGGCACAGGGCAAACUGCAGGACCCUGGACCCAGCGAUCCGUGUUUCCUAGGGGACUGGGCUGCACAGCCUCCUGGGGCAGCAAACCAAAGAUGCAGGUGUGUUGUUUUUUUGUUUUUUGUUUUUUUUUUAACAUCUAUAUUGGGGUAUAAUUGCUUUACAGUGGUGUGUUAGUUUCUGCUUUAUAACAAAGUGAAUCAGUUAUACAUAUACAUAUGUUCCCGUGUGGUUUUAAAGAGAUGCAUCAUCGCUUCUGAAUGUGAAUGUACCUCUGACACCUGAACAGUAGCACCAGGAAGAAGAAAACAAAUGCAGCCCUUCCUCACUGAAAGGCUUUCCCUCCAGCAUCAGGCAUCCCUGGUGGCCGUGGGAAUCCGAGUCUAUACAGUUACAGGUUCAUAACGAUGCCCGUGUAGGCAAGUUCAGAAACGAUUUCAUGACCUUGCCUAGGAUGUGGAAGUCCAAAAUAAGUGUUUAUUCUUUUACAAAAUACUUUAAUUGAGAUGUAACACACACAGGCUUGCACUACUCGCCCGCCGGAGCCUGGAUGCCUCACCCCCCACCCCAGUCCUACCCCCUCCCGUUACUAGUGCCCCGUCUUCUGGAACCUCGCGUUAAUGGAAUCAGACAGUACAUAGACUUCUGUGUCUGGCUUCUCUCACUCACCGUGUCUGUGAGAUCAACCUUGUUGUGUGAAGCGACAUCUUGUUAUUUUUAUUGCUGUGUGGAAUUCCGCUGCCUGGCUGUACUGUAAUUUAUGUGUCUGUCCUAAAGAAGAUGGGUGUUUGGGUUAUUUUGAAUUUUCAGUUAUUAUGAGUGCCGUGGCUGUGAACAUGUGCGUGUGUCUUUUCGUAGACAUGCACACUCAUUAAUUGUGGGCGUCCGUAUACCCAGCAGUGGCACAGAUGCACAUCAGCUAUGGUAGGUCCGCCCGAAGCGGUUCUCAAAGUGCCUGUGCCAUUGGAGCUGCCUGCAGCAGUGUAUGGCGUGCCAUUUGCUCUGUUGUAAUCAGCACCUGUUGUCGUUGGUCUUUUUAGUUUAGCCGCCCUGUGGGGUGUAGUGUGGCAGCUUGUUUGGGCGUUGACGUGCAUCUCUCUGUUGAGCGGUUAAUAGCAAGUGUGAUUCCCCAGGCUUACUGGGCAGGUGGAAAGCAUCUCUCGUGAAGCAUCUGUCAAAGGACUGGGCGGUUUGUUUAUUCCCAGGAGCGCUUUCUUUAUUCUGAGUCUGAGUCCUGCACUGGGGGCUUGUACUGCUAACAUCUUCUCCCAGGCUGGUGUGGUCACUGGCUUACUGGUGUGUUUGGAUGAACAGAAAUCCCCAAUUUUAACUAGGUCUAAUUUACCGGUCUCUCCUCUUACGUCAUGUGUUUUGCUGGUCGGGGGCUGGUCCCUCGUGUCCUCCCACGAGCUCUGUCGUCCACGUCACACGUGUGGGUCUGUGAUCCAAUUCUUAUUGAUAUUUUACGUGGUCUCAGACGGACCUCAGAUCUCAUUUCCAGCAUCGCUAUUGAAAAGUUCUAAUCUUUCAAGCUCAUAACAAUUGUAGGUAAAGUUCUGAAACAUGAUUUUGAAACGAAUGGAAGAGCUGGGUCCUUUCCCUGAUUAUGUGAUGCCUGGUUAGCUAAUUAUGUCCUGCUGUCUAAUCAGCUGAGAGCUGGGGCUGAGCUCACCGUGGAUUGCUAUAUAUACUUACCCCACCCCACCCCCGCCGGCCUGGAACGCGAACAAGGUCAUGGAAUCUCUGUUUUCCUGUUUCUUUUUCCACCUUCCUGAGCAUCUCAGGCUGGAGUUGGCAGGAGGAAGUGACAGCUGAUUCUCCCCACAUUCCCUCCGAUGCCCCCACUCUGCGUCCACCCAGCCCUGGCCUUGUGGGUCCUCCCACAUGGGCACAGGGCGGGGCUCCACAGGGUGAGGAUGCUGGCCUUGCACUGUUGCCGUGAGGGCAGGACAGACGGACAGGCAGAAGAGGGGUCCGGCCUGCUCCUCCGUCUGGAGCUGUCGGCCUGGGGUGGGUCCUUGUGCCCGAUGAUGGGCCACGCUGCACCCGCAGACGGUGGGGGGAUCUCUUCUCUCUGGCGUGGUCCGGCAGCCGGCAGAGGACCCCGCGUCCCGGUUCUCCCAGCUCUGUGCUCUGGGGAGAUAGGCCGAUCUCUUGUCCUGCUGAAGACUGGGCCACAUGACUUCUUCCACAUUGUCUGGCCGGAUCGGGUGUUUUUCCUUCGUCUGUUUGAUUUUAAUUAAUAGGCGUUAUUUUUAGAGAAGUUUUCGGUUCACAGAGAAACAGAGCAGAAAGUACAGAGUGUUCCCACAUGCCCCCCAUGUUCCCAUUGUUAACAUUAAUGAUGGCAUUGUUAGUGCCUUUGUUGCAAGUGAGGGGCCGACAGUGAUACACUGUUAUGAGCCAAAGUCCACCAUUCACAUCAGGUUCCAUCUCUGUGUUGUGCGGUGUCUGGGUUUUGCCAAAUACGCCGUGUCAGGGACUGUGUCGGGGACGGUAUCACACAAAAUAGUUGCACUGCCCUAGAGCCUGCUGCUGGAGCUAGCUGGCACUGCACAACGCUCGGGGGCCGUUCCCUGUGGCAGGUGGGAGGGAGCUGGUACCUGGGUAUGCCUGCCCCUGUCCCCUGGCCGGGCCCCGAGGCCUGGCUCCAUGCAGCGCAGCCCCGAGGCCGGCAUCAUGCCCCUGGAGGUCAGCAGGGAGGCCAGAAUGCGGCUGCUUCUUCCCCUUCAUGCCAGGAAGCCAGUCUGCUGGUGAGCCGGGAGGUGAGCCACGCCUGUGCUCCCAAGGGCAGCCCACCCUCCCAGAGCCCGGCCCCACGGAGGAGCCAGCGCCGGGGGGGCAGCCGUCGUCGGGGGGCCUGGAUCUGUGCUGUCGCCAGGCCAGAGUCGGAGCAGGACGCCCAUGGAAGGGGGACCCAGUGCGUCCAGAGAGCCGGCGGAGCACCUGCCAGCCAUGGCGGGCUGGGGUGAGACUGAACCCCGAAGGAGGAGCCAGGGCUUCCUGCUCCCCUCCCCCAGAGCACCCACUCUUUCCUGUGCCCACCUCCUGCCCAGCUGGAGAGACUUCUGUGGUUCCAAGCUGCAGAGAUCCCUGGGCCGGCCGCUUCCAGAGAGGCUUCCGUCCACACUGGCGGCCCUGUCUGUCUGGGGAAACCCAGACGGGGACCCUGAGGAUUGGGGGGCAGAGGGCAGCAGGGCACGGUCCCUGUUUUGCCCAGAAGAGCUAGUAGGGCUUCUGGAAGGCAGGUGCUGGGUGCCCCACGAGGAGAUCGGAGGAGGAGGCCCAGAGCCGGCACCCCGUGCAGCCAGGCCCAGUGCCCUGGGGCCUAAGAGGGCCAGCCUGGGAGCCAGAAUCGCCCCUUCCCAGCCUGGUUGCCGCUGUCGAACGGCGUAAUCGUCCAUCUGCCUCGUGCCUUCCACCCAGGACACGAGCGCAUGCUGCAGUGAGAGGGACCGCGGCCCCCGAGAGUCAGGAGGCAGAAGGCGAGGGGAGAGGCUGGAAACCUAAUAAAAUUGCAUUUCCUGAAAUAGCCGUGACCGUGAUGGUGAUGCGCCUGCCGCCGUAUUGGUUCUGACACGGGUACCACACACACAUUAGCGACGUCUCCCACGUUCGUCCUGCACCCGGGUCCCGGGCUGCUCUCUCCUGUUGGUGUUUGUUUAUCUCGCGGGCUUUGCUGGGAUAGUGAGGCUGCUCUGCACGCCAGCACUGCAUUGUAACCCGCCGCCCACUUAAUUCAAUUUCUCUUGUGUUCUCACUCCGCUGACAAAAGUAAUCGGCGUUUGGCUGCCAGAGCUGCAGUUCCCACCGAGAGCUGAGUCUCCAGGUGUCCCCGAUGUCCCCGGCCUGAGAGGGCUGCACGCCUCGUUCUCAGGAUGGGCAGAGCCCCCAACACCCCCUGCUGCCCUGAUUCCCAGCCCAACGGGGCAGAGGAGGUCCCGUCUUCAACUUUAAUGGAUUAAUCGAGAUGACAGCAAAAGCCCAAGUGAUCUAACUGGGCAUGGCUUCAUCUCCAAAACCCUUAAAAAAGGAGAGUGGGACCCACGGAGACCCAUUCAGGCUAAAGGCACCUCUGGGUCCCUGAUUCAAGCCUAGUCACUUGCAUUCCUCCAUCAGGACAAGUCGUGUCGGGAAGGACAGCGUGCGUCUGUCUCCCUCCAGGUGGACCUUCACACUGGCGCCACCCCCAGGAGGGGAGGGAGCCCGUCCUCAACCUGACCUGGGUCACUAGCUGCCCGUGAGCCUCAGGUCACCUCUGAGGAAUGAGCAUUACUGACCUGCCCCAGGCCAACAGGGAUUCCCAAGGCUCCAGGUGGCAGGUUCCUUGGAGAAGAACCUACGAGAAAGGGUCCUUUUGGAGUCCCUCCCAGGAGCAGUUUAGCACCGUGGCCUCUCUUUCUGAACAAGCAGUUUAAAUAGUCCAGAACUGGGCACUGUGGCCUGUGGCAUUGUUCCGGAGCACCUGCUCUGUGGCAGGUGAAGCACCUGUCCUCGGGCACCUCCCCAGCCCUGUCCCUCCUGGACUUUGCACAAGGGGAGUCCGUGCUCACCAGUGGCUGAAUAACAGGACAUCACGGAGCUCAGAUCCUGCAGACGCCCACGCGGGGCUACCUCCUGCCUGAGCUAGCCUCAGUGCAGCUCGUCGGGAAUGGAAAAUCGGGACCUCUGGCCCCUCCUCCAUCUGGCAGGCUGCCCUGGUCAGCUGUCCAAGCCUGUGCGAAUCACGGAAAGAUGAAGGAUGGACUUUAGGAGCCAGAUAACCCGGUCUUGGGCUGUGCAUUUAAAUCCUCUCCGAGGGGGCGGCUCUGGGCUGUGAACGCGCCGCGGGGCUGGCGCCUGCGGCCCCCAAUCCCGUAACUUGCUGCUUCUCGGGAUGGCCUCCCUUAAUCGUGGCUUUCGUGAUAAAUAAAUGCAGUGUCUGUUACCACUCCUUCAUGGAGGGUGUUCGUGCCCUGCAGAGGUCGUUACGAUUUGGCACACGGAGAGCUCUCUUUAAUGGAGGGUCUCGCUGGAACAAGGCUCUGUGGACAGACCACUCAGAAGGUGCUGGGAGGCCCAUCCAGUGCGCACUCGAUAAACGCGCCCCCAUGCGCUCUGUUGGACUCACGCGGCCAAGCCUGUGGCCGCUGUCAGCUCAGACCCAGGAGAGCACUGGCUCAGGCCAGCCCCCCACCCUGCCUGACCCUGCAGAGGAGGCUCGAGGGCCGAGGAGGGAGGGGGGUCUGCUGGGGGCGGCCUGGGCAGAACGGGUCCCAAAGUCAAAGCUCCCAGCAGGACGGAGCCGAUUCGGAGCCCCUGGGUAACGACCCUGUAAACUUGCCAGCUCAUCAGGAUGUGGGAAAUGCGGGGUCGAGGCAUUUUGUCACGGCCCUGACGGCAAUGAGGCACCUCCGGUGUUGGAUGAGGGCGAUUUUACAUGAUGGAGACGAUGAUUAACAGCGGCUUCUCCGCAGCAGGCUUUACGGCCUCUGGUGACUAUAUUCUGUGUAAUAAAUACGGCAGGGAAGCACCGUCUCCAAAGGCCGGGACAGUCAGUCCUGACUGACCUGUUUGAAUGAAAACCCUAAACCUCGUGGGGUCAAACUGUCAUCCCUCGUUACCCAUAAAUUAGGGGGCCGGGGGGACAUCACCCAAUGUGUAUCUACCAGGAAGCACCAGAGAUUUUGGUAUUCCAGGGAUGCGGUAAGCCCGGGAGGACCAGAGCACGCCACUUGGACACACUUCUUAAAUCACGAGGUUGGUUCCUUGUCGCAGCGCAGAAGCCGGGAGAGCCAUGACCUUGGUGACGGCAGCGGCCGUCAAGGGCUCCCCAGGAACGGGCCAGAGCGGGGAGACUCAACAGGGGGACAGCUCCUGACAGGUGGCUCCCCCCACCAUCCGCCCGGCGCCGCAGGACCGAGGGUUUCUCCCGCACUGGAGACCCCAACCACCCAGUGCGUCUCUGGGGAGGCUGCCUUGCUCCCCGACCUGAGGUGCUCCACGGCGAAGCACAGACAUCCUCAGCGGGGUGGGGAGGGCCUCCACUCCUGCAGGGAAGUCAGAACAUCCAGCCCAAUUGAACCAGGAGUGCGAGGCCUUUGGUGUCUCCUGCUAGCCCUGCUGUCGGGGCAGAGCCGUGUCCAAGGGGACCUGCUGUCCGCAGCGCACCCCACACGAGCAGGCAGGUUUGUCAGGGGAUCGCCCAGGCCCCGCAAGCCCCACGGGCACCCUGGACAUGCAGGCAAGACUGUGGCCCCUCCCCCAGAAUAGCUGGAGGGAGCCUCACCUGCGAUUCAGCCCGGCUCCUGCUGCAGCCCCGGCCAGGCUCGCAGGAAGAGGGAAGCUGCCUGUCUCCAAGACCUGAAUGAUGUCCGACAACUGGGGAGUGAGCCCAGGGCGUGGAUCUCGUUACCUGGGUUCCAAUCAUGAGUCUUACACUGAGUAACAGUGUGUCUUUGAAGAAACCCCUUAGCCUCCCCGAGUCUGCUUUCUCAUCUGUAAAAUGGGUACAAUGCCGGCUUCAAGGACCAGAGCUAACAUGAGUAGGGGGUAGCGAUUAUUGCGUUAUGUUUAUCGUCUCAGCUCAUGUGAUGUCUUUCAUCCCAUGAAUUUCCCUCUCCUGGACCUUGACUGCAAACACUCAGAGCCUUCCCUUGUAUUUCAACACCGGUUAUUAGGCUGUAACUGAUGAACUCUGGGAGGGUUGGUUUGCGGGAGCUUCUGCUGCCUACCUCGGCCUGUGAUACAAUCGCCCCCUUUAACACUUACCUUUACAACUAGCCCUAAGUAUUAAUUAUUUGUGGUAGGUGAUUUGGACAGGAGGGAAAAGAUAAUGUAAGAAGAAGAUGGAAGUAUUUUUUUUCAUAGCUUCUUUGAAAGGACUCAUUUUUCUCUUGUGUAUCAGGGAACAAAAGCCCAUGGGUGGAAGACGUGGCUGAAGGUCAGGUGCACAUUUCCUGUGAACACGGUUCGUGCCGUGUGAUCCCUCGGCUGGGUAUAGCAUGGCAGCUCACGUUCGCUUCCCGUCAGGGCUUCCAAGGCGUCGCUCACAUUCACGUGGCCUCUAACGCCCGUGAUGGCUGUGUGUCCUGACAUCAGUGACCUCCCGUGCCCUGGACACCCUUCUUCCCCUCCCACCCCAGAGCCUUUUGAAACUUUCUUUGGAACGUCCACACUCAGAAGCCUCCAUGGGUUACAGCCAGGUGUGUUGACAUUCGGGGGGCACUUGGAAUGGGGACUCCAGGUUUGCUGGGAAUGUGUCCGUACGAUCUCUGAUCACCUCCCCCCAACCUGUGUUCUUUCCUGAUAGAACAGUUGCUCUCAGUGGGGAGCAGAACCUGGACACCCAGGCCCGGGGGUGUUGGGGACGGUCACGUAGGGACCAGGGCACUAGCGGCUGUUCGUGCUGGGGCCCUUCUGUCCUUCCUUCCUCUGUCCCCACAGUCCGCUUCCAACUCCUGAGAGCUCUACUGCUGUCUCCUUGCUUCCUUCCCUGUCGCCAAAAUCCACUCUCGUUUCACACAAGCCGAGUCCAGGUGGCUCUGAGGGGACCCUUGAGGUGGGCUGGCCGUGACGUCUGCUGCUCUCUGCGCUGCUCCCAGGGCUGUGGCUUCCCUCCCAGGCCACCCCUGUGUGCUCUGCCUCUUUCUGAAGCAGGACAACUGGGUGACUGAGCAGGUGGGCAGCUUGGGGUCCUCUGUGUCUGCAGCAGCCUCUGUCCUACAGUGGGGAGUAGGACAGGCCUCGGGUACCAGGCUGGGGAGUCAGGGCCCUGUCGCUGCCUGGUCAGGGCGACCUCUCCUUGUCUGUAGCCCCUGAGCCGAAGGGCUGUGCUUGUUUGUGGGACGGCGGGGAAGGGGUGCGGAAAGACGGGCUUGCCGAGGGCCCGCGGUAUUUCAGGCUCUGAUGACGCCUUUUUGGAAUCCUCCACCAGAUGUGCCUCCGCCUCCCCAAGACUGUGUGUGCAGCCCACAGGCCAUUUAAGGACACAUCUUCCUGGCUUGACCUGGGGCUCACUGCUACAGCGGGUGCUCCGCGGGUACCGGGCACGGGUUGGAGGGCUGGCCACUCUCAAGCGAGUGGGCCGUCACGAUGUUCCAGGACAGCGUGGGAAGGUAACUCUCAGCCCCAGCAUGGACCUGGGGGCGUGGCUUCCUCUGUUCUCGCUUCCCAGGACGCCAGCCCAGCGCUGUGAGCACCAGGGAGCAAACAAAAUGGUGCCUCUCGGGUAUUUAUUUAUGGUCGCUUGCCUCUCCUGCCCCAGCUGGGACGGAGCGCCCUGCCCACCGCGCUCCCCCGGCCCGCGGCCGAGGCACGUGGGGGCGGAUUUCAGGCCCACGUGUGACCUUGCAGUGCAUCCUUCCUCAGAGCGUGAUUCCAGGUCCCACAAAGGCCGUCGUGGCUUUACGGACUGAAGGGCGUGCUUUGCGCACUGCGCUGGCUCGGCGUCCACGUUCAGGCUGAUCCAGGUUAAUGCAGUUAAGAGACUGCGUCCCGGGCCUUGAUCACGGUCUGCCUGAGAGGGCACCUGGCCCGGGGGCAGGAGGACCUGGACACGGGGAAGCGGGGCUGCAGGGAACAGGAGCCGCGAUGCUGCCCUCCCCAGGGCCCUGGAGCAUCCCAGACCUGGCCCUCCCACCAGAGCUUCCCUAGAAGCCCAGAUGGGGGCCUGACCAAGUGCCUGAUGUUGGAAACCUCCUGCCACCCAUCAUGAGGGGUUUUGUGGGGUGCGUGCUCUCGAUGAGACUCGUACACAGACUGUGGGGGGCAGAGCCAGGACCCCAAGGUUCCUGUGUCACCUGCCAGCUGCAGGCCUCCCGCGCUGGGCCCUGCAUCUUUGCCUGCUGUGCCUCCCCUGGCCUCGCUCCACCCCAACUCCCAGAUCAGGGACAGGCUGGGGGUCUCCUGUCAGCUGGCUUCCCUGCAGAGCCCCCCGUGCAGCAGAGAAAGGCUGCAGGGGGAGGGCCUCCACACCCCUCCUCCCCACGCCUGCUGGGCAGUGGCCCUGAGCCCGAGGGAAGUCUGGCUCAGUGAAGGCCUCUGCCCCGUCCAGAGCAGGCCCGGCUUUGCAGAGUUUCACGGGGUCACCUCCACACCCAGCAUCCGGGAGGCAUCAGGACCGCGUUUGGGCCUCAGCUGUGAGACGGCCUGCCCAGCCGCAAAGCUGGAAGACUUUCUGGCGUUUUAAGGAAAAGUUUGCUGAUGACCAAGCCUGCGAUAAAAUUUUGUUUUAUUCCUAUAAAGAUCAAAAUGGGCCUUUCCCGGGACUUCCCUGGCGGUCCAGCGGUUAAGACUUCACCUUCUAAUGCAGGGGGUGUGGGUUCAAUCCCUGGUCGCGGAGCUAAGAUCCCACAUGCCUCGCGGCCAAAAAAAAAAUGGGUCUUUCCCCAUUUUGCUGGCCCGGGAUCCCCCGUGCCCAGCAGGAGCUGCCGUGUAGCUGGGGAGGGCAGGCGCCGUCUGGGCUGGGCCUGGAAAGGGCCUCUCGGCUUCCCUGAGGUCCGCUGGCCGGGCCACCACCUCCUUGCAGGAUCCUGGGAAGUUCAUUCUAGUUACACAUGCAGAAAAAGGAGGAAAUGGAUUUGGGGAACUUUGUCCCAAGCCAGUGGACCCCACAGCCGGGGCAUCUCCGAGUGACACCAUCAGGGGAUUGGGGGUGGAUUAACCCAGAGCCUUCGGAAGCCCAAGAAGAGGGUAGGGGCGAUGGGCCGUCCCUUGGGAGGGAAUCUGGCCCCUUUUCUCUGACGCUGUUGGGAGCACGGAGCCGGGUCGUCCUCCCUGGGCUCUGAGCCGGUGUGUCCUGGGAGCCCUGGCCCUGCAGCCCGAGGCCCGACACCUGCCCUCCUCCACCCACACCACCUGCCCUCGGCACAGGCUCGAGGACGUGCAGGUGCCCUGGUCCACAGAUGUCCCUGGAGGGGCAGACCAGUGCCCGGUGGGCUUUCCUCCACGUUCCUGGGACACUGGGGGCAGGAAAGGCAUCGCCCACCUGACGUGGUGGGAAGAUUGCCCCCGCCUUGAGUUCUGUCUAAACCCAGAAACUUCCCAAACAUCCUGCUGACCCUCCUGGCGGCAGUGACCCCAGGCAUGGCAGGCUGACCGCAUGCCCGCCCUGUGGCCAAAGCUUGCUCUUGUCCACGACCGGAAGCUGGUUCUGCCUCUGAACACCGAAGGUGGCUGCCUGACGGGGCAGCGAUGGGGCCGCGGAAGCCGGACACAUUCUUAGAAGCUUGGCAAUGAGAUACAGGCCAGGCGCAUAAACUCGACUCACGGCGCCACGGCAGCCAGGCUCGAUGAGCAGGCCCUGUCCUUGCCUGGUGAUAGAAGGAAAUGGAAAGUUCUGAAAGAGCAGGGAGCCUGGAGCGGCACCCCUCCCCCACACCGGCCUCAGCUCCGGGAGGAGGGAGGGACCUGCUGUGCCCCGCGUGUUAGGGGUCGGGGUGCGGGUGACAGGAGAAGAUUCAGGGGCUCCGGGGGCGAGGAGGGUGGGCAGCGUUCUGGGGGAGGGGCUGGGUGGCAGCGGUACCUCUGGGGGCUCGCUGGGGACAUGGGAGGAUGGACUGGAGGUGGCUGGAUCCCAUCCCUGCUGCCUCUCCUCUGUGGUCACCCCCUCCCGAGGAGCACCCAGAGCCAGCCUUUUCACCACCGUGCAUUCUUCUCCAGGGCUGGUUGGGUGACGGUCCAGGAGCCGAGUGCUGGGGCCCUCCAGGUACAUCCGCUCCCACCCGGGGUGUGAGUGGACCCCACACGGGGAAGGGCGCUGGACCCGGAUGCCAACUGCACAAGCUGGAGUGACUAGAGGGACCCUCGUUCCAGCCUUGAUUUACUGGUGUGGACGCUGUGGCCAGGACCGUGUGUACCGGUCAUCCCUGGGGCUGAGGGACAAGCCCGAGCUCCAGGCUUUGUCUUUCCACCCCAGGCUGCUGACCUGGAGGGCGUCAGGGGGCUUCUCUGAGCCCGUGUCAUCUUUGGAAGGAGGGGCCGCUGCAGCUCCAGCCCCCAGGGCUGUGGAGCAAGAGAUGCUUAGACAGAGUGUGUGUGGCCCCCGCCCAGCCUGGGAGGCCUCGGCCACCACUGACAGCUUUGGUCACCAGUGGCGCCUGGGGCGGCACCCGGGGCAGGGCCCCCGGCCAGGGCUCCGAGGCUCGCAGGAAGCCUCCGUCAUCCCCGUGGAGGGACGCCCGCCUGGCGCUCAGCUGGAAGGCCCUUCUCAGCAUCCUCGCCGCCCGCGGCCGUGUCAACAAACCCAUAUUAAGACACAUCUGUCCGACUUCUCUCCUGUGUCCUGGACAGAAAGCAGUUGCCGGUACAAUCACGCUGCACUGAAUGCAGCCGCUCCCAAGCCUCCAGCGGGAAGGCUGAGGGACCGAAGGAUCUCAUUGUCCUGCCGCCAGCGCGGGUCGGGCUCCGUGUGUCACAGCCACCUCGGGACCGAACAGGGGCCGGCACAGGUCGUCCUCACGAGGUGGUCCCAGUGCUGGCCUCGGGAGCGUGGUUCUGGAGACGGGCAUGCCAGGGCUCACGGGGGCGGUGAGGGUGACCAGGACCACUCGAGCGGGAUGGGGACGCUGGCCCACGCAGCAGCACCGCUGCCGAUAUUGAGGGGCUGCGCCCAGAGCCCCCAUCUUGCUGCUGCUGCCCUGCAGCCCCGUCUGAUGGCACAGGGCCCACACCUCUCACAGGGCCUGGUCCUGCCCGGCUCCCAGGUGUGUGUGUGGUGGGUGACCCAGGGCUAAGGCUACUCCUGCUGCCCCACCGCGGGGGUCCGCCCUCUGGGUGUUUGCUGAACUGCCCGGGUGGGGUGGCAGAGGUGCUGGGCACCAGGCUGGGCCUCCUCCGGACGCACCAAGCAGGGCAGAUGAGGCAGCGACUUGCGAUGGCCCAGACCCCGGUCUCCUCCCGUCCCCUCCCCUCCCCCUCCCCAGCGAUGCCUGCCCGCCCUCUGAGCUGCGAGGGCCCAGGGGGCCCAGAGCCCUGGUUGGGAAGGACCCUCAUGAGGCAGACGACGUCCGGGCAGGGGCUUCUCGCACUUGGCAGCAGGCAGCCUGAGCCCAGCCGGGGGCGCAGUGCUGCCUGUCUCUAUCUGUCCCUCCCUCCCUCCCCCCUCUAGUGCAUAUUUCCAGAACCUUCUAUGCACAAGAUGCUGUGCCGGGUGUACAGCAGGGGAUAGAGCAGGCCGGGCCCCACUGUCACGGAGCUGACCUUUUGUGGGGCUCAGACUUUCCAAAUCCACGCUCAAAUUCAUGUGUCACUGGCCUCGUGAAGGAUCAGGGCACCCGAGGGAGACCCUGGGGCCUGUGGUCAGCGGAAGGGGCAGGAGAGAGGCCUCCAUUGCGGGGGAGGUCUGGGUCAGGCUUGAGAGGCGUGGAGAAGGGCGUUGGGACAGUGGACCCGCUGCAGCGAGGACAAGGGUGGGGGAAGGCUGCAGGCAGGCGGCCAGUGGGCACGGGCAGGGUGGUUUGGUCCACAGUCAGAAAGGGUAUCCGGCAUGGCCCACGGGAUGGAAUCCUGUGCUCAGUGACAAGAUGCCGGAGACAGAUGUCACGACACGGAAGCAACACUAAAGGUUGAAUUAGAAAGAAAGCAAAGAAGCAACAGGACAAAAAAACACGUGUAGGUUUACGUAGCUGCAUGUCAUGGGGCAGAUGGAAAGAGCAGAGGAUGCGCCUCACGGGUCAGAGGUUGGCUCUGAACACCUGGCCCCACAUCUGCGCAGUCCCCCAAGGCCUUGGGCUGGCUCCCUGGGACCUUGGCCCCCCCUUGUAAGCGGGGAGGACGACUCUGUCCCCAGGAGUCACGGGGGCUGCAGGGAGCCCAGACAGAGCCCUCUGGCCAACUCCCAGCCCCGAGCCGGCCUUGCCUCUGUAGCCGGGUUGGUGCCGCCUUUGCCCCAGAGGGAGCCUUGGUGCAGCCGGGCUGUGGAUGGGACUUCAUUUCUAAAGCUAUAGGCCCACAGGCCCCAUUCCCCAGACCCCACCCCUGGCUCCAGCCUGUGCUUUUAGUGGAGGCAGAGCUAUAAAUAACCCCCAAUUUGCAGCUCUGUGGACACCAGGCAGGGGAGCCAUUCAUCUUGCUGCCCAGGUGGCCACCAGCUGUUGCUGGAUUCUUGGAACAGAAAAAGGGAGAGAUUCAGAGAGAGGGCUUAGCUUCCAGACCACCACAGCCUGGAGCCUCCCUCCUGUGGCCCUGAGCACUUCCUUCCCUUCAAGCCGUGGGCGCCCCGAGGCGGCAGGGUGCCCCCUGCACUGAGUGGGGCCGGGCAGCCCCCGGCAGUGAGGGAAAGCAGCCCCGGGGAACAGGGAGCACAGGGCACGAGGGGUACAGGUAAGCCGAGGGCUGGUGGCUUUCCCAAACUGCUGGGAGACCCCCGGACUCAUCCUGCCGCAUCCUGCAUCCAGCAGCAGCCCCAUGAGUGCGAUGCGCGGAGACCCCCAGGCACCGGGCCUGCAUCAGCCCCACCUCCCAAGUAGGAAGGGCUGGGCAUCCCUGGGCGGGGCACCGAGCCCAUUUCAGCGUGCCACCCCCAGUGCUUCCAGAAGACUCCAGCCCUUGAACUGAGGGUCUUAGAUUCCUGUAUCUCCAGUGGGCGUUUCACCCCCCAGGGCCCUUGCUCUCUGAUCCAGCAGCUUCACUCGGGUGGUUGGCAGGUCCUGCCGUUACCCUGGCACAAUCCAGCCUCUGGGGAUUUCAGCAGGAAGAUAGUGAUGCCGGGCAGGGCCCUGUGCUUCGACCGGACCUGAGCUCAGGGUUAUGGGGAAUCUUGGGGAGGCAGAUCAAGGUAGUAACCAAGGAAACCGGAUCCGAAUGUCCAGGCCCAGUUUGUCCCAUUUUGGAGCCUCUCAGAACACGAGGGGCUCAAACCGUCGAGCAAAUAAACAGACCGUCAGGAAAGACUUCCUUCCCAUUACUUUAAAUCAAGCUUCGUAAAUCUUACAGCACAGGCGAGAAGCUUCUGUUAGAGACACCUUUCCCAGACUGUAAGAUAAAACAUGCGUGCGAAGCUAUUUGAUUGGUUGGAAGCAGUGUAUCCUUCUUGCAAACACGAUAGGUUCUGCUGUGGUGUCCAAACACAGCCUCUCCCUGGUACUUGAUCAAACACCGUGCCCCUCAUUUCCCAGGCUCCGUGCUGAGUUCAUGCAACCUGCCCACAGUUCAGUCCACUUCCCAGGGGCCAGGGGGCCUUGUGCUAGUCAGUCCUGAGUGUGGGACAUGGAACGUGGGAUGUGGCCUGCCCCCUGACCUGUACCCUGUUUUCUGUGCCCCAGGGAGGGCGUCUGUGGUGGGUUGGAUUCAACAGAGAGAUGCGUUGAAGUUCUAACCCAUGUGCCUGUGAAUGUGGCCUUAGGUGGAAAUGUAAUCAGAUAUAAUCAGGUUAAGAUGAGGUCAUCAAGGUGGGCUCUGAUCCAUUGACUGGGGUCCUUAUAGGAGGAGGAAAUACCGCAUUAAGACAGAGGCACCUGGGGAGCAGGCCAUGUGAUGAUGGAGGUGGAGACUGGAGUGAUGUGUCCACCUUCAUCCCCAGGAGGCACCAGCCUCCUCCUGGGCCAGCAUCUCCCUAUCGAUACCUUUCCACAGGCCUCACAACCUCCCUUCCUGCAGGGGUAAGGGGUUGGGGUCUCUGAGGCCAUCAGGGCCAACUGGCAGGUGCCCGUGUUGGGGAGGAGAGCGCAGAGCUGCUGGAGGAGGGGGGGGUUGGUCUGGGGAACACCCUCCAAGAGCCGCUGGCGCCUCUAGUUCCGUGGGUGGAAACUCGAUGGUUCCCCACUUACAGUGGCGACCCCAAGCCCCCACCUCCUCCCGUCUGCCCCACUGUUUACUUCUCGAGAGGUGGUCACAGGUUACUUCUUUACAGUUCCUCUCUGGGCCAGUCAGGAAGAGCUUGGGCAGAGGCCUUGGAGCCCAUGGGCUGUCCCUGGCUUCUUCCAUCACUGCCGGCUGACCUUCCCCAUAGACGCAGGAGGGGGGGAGGUGGGAAGCCCAGAAUGCCUCGUGUUGACUAUGCAUUGGCCAUGCAUGCCUCAGGAGUCAGAGGGAGGCAGGGUGGGGUCAACACAGCCACCGAUGCCACCCUUUCCCUCCCUCCUCCUUCUGAAGUUUGCUCCAGGGGGAAGGAGGACAGAGGGGUCCCUGAGCAGUGGGUUCCUUGGCCCUUCCCAGUACGCGUGACACUGUGUGAUGCUACCAGGCAUCUCUGACUAUUGGGGGAAGGAAGUCAAGUUCAGGGUUUCCCGAGUGCUCUGAACGCCAAGGGUUUGAGUGGAUGGAUGGAUGGAUGGGU